AUGCAGCCGCUGUUGCCCACCGAAUACGACGGCAAGGAACCCACCCCUUUCGUGGCGCUGACGCAGCCUAUCAGCCACUCGAAGUAUGACGGCUUCUCUGUAUCCGCACACACGGCAAUCGGUAUGAUACCUCGAGGAGUUCCCGUAACACGGCAUACAGGAGAUAGGAAGGCGCAAGAAGACCGUUUCAUCGUGGUACCGAACCUUGGCACUAACGGAAACCAGGUCGCGUUCUUUGGAGUGUUCGACGGCACAGUUGGGCAUUUCGCAUCGGAUACUAUCCAGAAGAUCAUCGUGCGACACCUGGUGUCUACUGAUGUGUGGGCUGCCCUAAUGAGGCAGCUAGAUGUUGGCGAGGAUGACAAAACUACAAUCCCCGCCCUGGCGGUGCUGGCCGUAUCUAAAAUGUACUCCAACGCCGAUGCAGAACUGCUCGAGCUUUGUCGCAAGCAGGACAACCACUAUUCGUCCUGCACUAGCGUGACUGUUCUGCUUGUCAACGACUACACCAUUGUAGCCCAUGUGGGCGAUAGUCGCGUUUCGUUAUGUUACGAGGAGGGCGGGCAGGUGCUGGCUCGCUUCGUCACCACCGACCAUAAACCGAACAUGCCCGUGGAAAGGCGCCGAAUUCAGGAUUCCGGUGGGUCGGUGCAAUACCUCUCGAGUCACCACAACAAGCCCUUUUUGCGUGGCGGCGACUUCUUGGCCCGCAAGGCCAAGGGCGACCAACCAAUGCAGAUACAGUAUUCACGCGCGUUUGGGGGCAAAGACCUCAAGACGUUUGGGCUGAGCUGCGAGCCCGAUAUUGCUGUUUUUCGCCGGGAGGGUCAGCACAAGGGGCUCAUCCUUGCCUCAGACGGCCUCUGGGACGCCAACGAGUGUCAGAAGGUUUUCAGCACCGUAUUCUAUGCGCUACGCAAAGGAGAGAAUCCGAGCCGUUUGCUCAUAGACAACACUCUCAAGCAGCUCAGGUGCACAUCUCGCAGGUCGGACAACAUCACCGCGAUUGUGGUGGUUUUCGAAUAG